UUGUGUAACAACUUGAAAAGUAGUGAAGCAUUCAAAGAAUGUUUCACAAUGGGAUCUGUAUCUGUGGAUACUUUUCUUAAAUGGUGUCGAGAAGACGUAUGUGCAGUAUCUACACAAUAUAAAGACGACAUGUUUUGCGAAAUAACCGCUGCCAUGUCAAUGCAAUGCUUACUGUCUAACAUGAACAUUGACCUCGACUGGAACGCUUACGAUCCGUGGAGCAAAAAGUGUGUCGAUUACAAUGAGUGUACAUCAGGAACAUACACAGAGUGUUCCUCUAUAUGUAAAGGACAUUGUCUGGAUGUACAACUCAAUGAUCAGACGUGUAUCGAAAUGUGUGUCCCGGGAUGUCAAUGUCCUGACGAAGGAUUAUUUUCACCAGAAAGCAACCAAUUGACGUGCGUAAAUAUUGAAGAAUGUCCUUGCUAUGACCCAUAUACAAAUGGAAAUGUUCCCGCAAAUGCUGUGGCUGUCCAUGGAUGCACCAACUGUACAUGUCACAAUGCGGUAUGGGAUUGCGAAAAUGACAACUGUGAUGUUGAAAUUGUAUGUCCUAAAAACCAAAUAUAUAAGAAAGGAAUAUCCGGAUGCACACUCACCUGUGAAACGCUUGACAGCAAGGGCCGCUGCGAGUCGGAUGUGACAUAUGACGGCUGCGGGUGUCCUGAAAACCAUUAUAAAACUCCCGAUGGAACCUGUGUAACAAAAGAAAACUGCCCAUGUAAAGACAAUCGCAAUCAAUACCACAUGCCAAAUACGGAGAUUGAGCAUUCUUGUAAAGUCUAUAAAUGUAGUAAUCGCAAGUGGGUAGUGAUUGCAGAAAAGAACUGUCCAGAUGUGUGCUGGGUGUCCGGAGGGCCUCAUUUUAGAACAUUUGAUAAUGUGGAUUACAAUUUUGACGGAGAUUGCACAUAUGUAAUGGCAAAGUCAAUUAACUUAGAAGACAUGGUGAACUUUGAAGUUCAAAUCACACGUUUGAAUUGCGGCAUUUCUUCGAUGCCAUGCUCUCGAAUGGUUCUUUUUAAAAUGGGAUCGGCUAAGGUUAAAAUGGUGAGAGGGAAAGCAGUUGAAGUUGACGAAAAAGAAGUUGAGGCCUCCUAUUACUCGUUUGCGAUUGGAAAAUAUCAAGCCCAUUUGUCUGUGGAGUUUCCUUGGACCGUUUUGGCUAUUCCAGAUUAUCAACUUUCAAUAAUGUGGGACGAGGGAACACGAGUUUACAUUUUUGUUGGAAAAUUAUGGAAAUCUCAUAUGGAUGGUCUUUGUGGAAACUAUAAUAAGGACACUGAAGAUGAUCUCGGGGGCCCCGCUUCUUCUGGCAAUUUACAUGCAAACACCUAUAAAACAUCAUCGAUUUGUGCCGACGACUCGACCACAACAUUCACACCAUGUGAAGGUCAUCUUAGUCACCGUACGAAAUGGGCUGAAGAACAAUGUGCCGUUCUCAAUGGAGAACUCUUUGAACGUUGUCGUGAUGAAGUAGCGGUUGAACCAUAUUAUGAUCAAUGUUUGUAUGAUGCUUGCAGUACCUGCAUCAGAGGCAGCUUUGAGUGUGAAGGCCAAGAAUGUGCGCUGAAUUGUACAGAUGACCAGUUUAGCUGCACGGAUGGACAGAGUUGUAUAGAAAAGAUCUUCCGUUGUGACUCAGUGAUGGAUUGUCGCGAUGGUUCAGAUGAAACGGAAUGCGUUUGUGAACCUGGACAAUUCACAUGUUUUAAUGGUGUAUGCAUCAACAUGACUGAAAAAUGUGAUGGGAUGCAUGAUUGUUUGGACGGAGCUGAUGAGAUUGGUUGCCCCUAUCACUGCGAAGAAAGCACAAUAGAGCAGUUCCAGUGCGCCAAUGGAAAUUGCAUUCCUAUGUCAUUCCGAUGUGAUGGAAAUUUCGAUUGUCAUGAUGAUACGUCUGACGAGAUGAACUGCAAUUGUAAGAUAUCCAGUUGA